AUGGGAGAAAUGGAGGUACAGCAAGACUUUUGGCUAGCGGACAUACGAGAGAGCUGUAUCCUUGGACUGGAUGCCUUGAGAGCCAGUGGUGCGGUGGUACGGGCGGCCAGUCCACAGCUGGAGGUGGGCAACCAAGUGCUGGAUGCCAUUACCGUACGCAGCAAUCCGAGGGGCAAUAAAGGUGGACCACGAAUCUUGUGCUUGGCUUCAGAGCCAUGGGAAGGUACAUCACCAGAAACGGCCUCUGCACUGGAAGAACUGGCCCAAAAGUGCAUGGAGGAUUUGAUCCAAGAAGAGGGGGAGCAGCACCACAUUGACACUGGUAAUGCGGACCCAGUCCGCCAGAGAGCUCGCCGUCUCCCUCUGAUGAAAUUUCAAAAGGCAGAAGCAAAGAUCCAGGGGAUGGCAGCUGCAGAGAUCAUUGAACCCUCCGAUAGCCCGUGGGCGUCCCCUGCCGUGCUGGUUACCAAGAAGGAUGGUUCCCUCCGAUUUUUUGUGGACUAUCGGUCCCACCCAGAACCAGCGGAGCCACCGUCGGAAUGCGUGACUGAGACGCUCUCGUGUGGACCUGCACUGACCACGGAUGCUCUGAUCUCUCUGUGCCAUGCCGCCUGCGUGGAGGUGGAUUCAGACACCGAGGCCGUGGCCAACGAAGGCUUCAAGCUGGGCUGCAUCUCCUGUAAGAUGAGAGGUGAAGUGCCAGCCACGGCCACAGUCGACUGGUACUUCAUGGCCAACGGCGAGUCGGAGUUCACCCAUAUAUACAGCUAUGAGGGGGAGAUGGGCUACAUUAGCAACCAGCACUUCGACGGACGUCUGGACUGGAAUGGAAGCAAGAAGACCGACGACCUGCAGGAUGGCUCCAUCUACAUCCUCAACGUGACCUACAACGACACCGGGACCUACCAGUGCCUCUUCAACCGCGUCCUCACUUUCACAAACUACAAGUUCCACACCAACGCCACCAAGCUCAUCACCAUCACCGUGGUGCCCCGACUCACCAGGGGCAUGGCGUCCAUCUUAUCCGAGGUGAUGAUGUACGUGUCCAUCAUCGGGCUGCAGCUGUGGCUGGUGGUUGAGAUGGUGUACUGCUACAGGAAGAUCGCAGCAGCGGGGGAGGAGGCCUUGAGAGAGAGCGCGGCGGAGUACUUGGCUAUAGCAUCGGAAAGUAAAGACAACUGUGCGGGUGUCCAGGUGGCAGAGUAG